ACCUCUACCCAGCAGCCAGCCCAGCGCCGCCCCCCACCCGCCAAUCAGGUCCGAAUUCUCCCCGCCUCGACCCCAUUCCCGAACUCAUUCCUCGUCGUGUGAUACGCGUGUACUGGAGACCGCUGUCCAACUGAGUCUGCAAGAUGUCGUUCUCCGACCUGCCGCUCGAGCUCGUCGACGAGAUCGUCCGCGAAGCCGUGAGAGUCUGCCGCAUCAGUAACAAGCAGAUGCUACGCCUGCGUCUCGUCAACCACGCCUUCGAUGCUGCUGUGGAGCGCACCGCCUGGAUCGCCGGCGCCUUCGACCACCGCUUCCAAGGCAUUUUGUCGGAGCCGACCCGAGAGCGCAAGGCCUUCUGGCUGCGCUACAUCACUCGCCGGACCCUGCGUCCCGCUGCGCGUCUGCCCCGCCCUGGCGGCCACCUGCGGCUGCUGAGAGACCACGCUGAAUUGGCCCUGCACCGUCUACACGGACAACAGAGCUCCGACGGCGUUACCGCUGCCCAAUUUAAGGAGUGUGUCAAUGAGAUGUGCCGGCUUCUCGACAGACAACCGGGCGUCUCAAGACCAGGCCACGCGAUCGAGAGGGUAGCUGACGAGUCGUUCCUGGUCGUUGCCGCUCAUAUGACCGACCUCGAACUCGCACGUCAGAUCAUUGAGGACCCCAUCCGAUGUAACUACUCCGAGUAUAAUAGCCGCGUACCGGAGAUGAAAUUUCUUGAAGCUGGUCGAAUAACCAACUGGUAGCGUCUCGGCGGCGUCCUAGUUCCUGUUGAGGAAUAUAAUGGGUAGACAUACCA